UUGUGUAUGUUCCAACCCUCCGACUAUGUCAAAAGCCGAAAACUUUGUAUAAUGAAUUAUAGACCACUACUCAUAGUACUACUCCAACACAUAUUUUACAUGUUCAGAAAGCGACAUUGAUCAUAUAUUCCUACCUAACUAGAUAUAAUUUGUCACUAUAUUGAUUCUGAUAAUCCUACCUAAUAUAAAAUCAAAUCAUAUAAAUUGCUUAUCUUCAAAGAAUUGGUAAUAGAAUUAUGAAGCUGGACUCAGUCCAAUUAGAAACAGCAAUUUUUAAGUUGUUUGUCUCUAUGAGACCAUGAAUAUUCUAAUCAUGUUAGGUGGUUUUUGGUCAUAUAUAAUCACUUUGCAUCCCAAUUGAUAUCAAAGGAGAGCUAAUCUUCUCUUGUGUUUUGGGGUGAAAAUGGCAUCUUCGGUUGUUGAGGGUGAUAAGUACCGUUCCUACUUGAGUGGGGACGAUGAGAAGAAUACUGAAUGGAGAUAUGGUGCUCCUCCUAACUAUGAUGUUGUGAACAAACUCUUUGAAGAGGGCAGAACUAAGAUAUGGCCUGCUGGGUCACUGGAAGAAAAAGUGCAGAAUCUUGUGAAGACAUGGGAAAUGGAGAUUUUCCAUAAGACCAACCCGAAUGAAUACAAAUCACUUGAUCCCAAGAAGUAUACUUUCAGCCUUAAUGGAAGGAAACCGAUAAAUUUCGGGCAACUCCGCCAACUUGGAGGGGGCUAUAAUCCAUUGAUGCUGACCUCCUUGCCUGAGAAGCUCCGGGUCUAUAACCCAGCCGAUGAAACCGCACAGACAUCUCACCUGGCCUUCACCACCGCCUUCCCCCGAGGUUUUGCACUGGAGAUUCUCCAUGUUUAUACAGGGCCACCAGUGAUUGUGUACAAAUUUAGGCACUGGGGCUUCGUGGAGGGUCCUUUUAAAGGACAUGCACCCACUGGAGAAAUGGUAGAAUUCUUUGGGAUGGCAGUCUUUGAGAUGAACAUAUGAAAAUUGUGAAGGUGGAGUUCUUUUACGACCGUGGGGAACUGCUUGGAGGUCUUCUAAAGGGUACUGCCAUGGAUGGUCCUGCCAUUGAGGCAUCUUCAAGCUGCCCUGUCCUGAGGAGCACAGGGUAGAAUGAUGCCCUUCCUUCUACAUGUGUAUACUUUUGUGGUGCCGGGUUGAACAUAAGAGCAUGGUUUGAUAGUCAAUAAGCACUUAAACAAUCUCCAGUCCCACCCUCUAGCUUUGGGUUUUCAAGUUGGCUGGCUUGGAUCUAAUGUAUGUGUAUAUUUUCUGUUUCACAAAGAUAAAUAUAAGUAAAUUUCUUAA